UACCCCACCAUCCAUCCGUCUUCCACCCUCGCAUACCUCCGUCGCUCAUCGAGCUCCCCUCGCUCAUCACUCCUGCUCUGCACCCUCAGCACCAUGAACUCGGUGUGGGCAGCGCUUGCUGUGUUGCUGGUGGUGGGUGUUGUGCCCAGGUUCACCACGGCUGCCGACGAGGACCCGCUCCAGGAUUUCUGCGUCGCUGACCCCCAGGCCGCCGUCACCAUCAACGGCGUUACCUGCAAGCCUGCUGCUCAGGUGACGGUUGAUGACUUCAAGACUGAUGUCUUGAAAAACCGCGGAAACACUGCCAAUGCUAACAAUGCCGUCGUGACGGCUGCCAACGUGUUCAACUUCGGCGGCCUAAACACCUUUGGCAUCUCGGCCGUGCGCAUCGACUACGCCAAGGGUGGCAUCAACCCACCGCACAUUCACCCCAGGGCCACGGAGAUUCUGUUUGUGCUGGAAGGGGAGCUGUACGUUGGGUUCGUAAGCAGCAAUGGCACCGUGAACACUCUGUUCGCCACCUACCUCAAGAAGGGCGACCUGUUCGUGUUCCCCCGCGGCCUGGUGCACUUCCAGCUCAACGUGGGCAAGGGCGAUGCGUUUGCGUUUGGGGCGCUGAGCAGCCAGAACCCAGGAGUGCAGCAGAUAGCGCCGGCGUUGUUCCAGCCCGACAUCAAGGACGAGGUGCUGGAGAAGGGCUUCAGGAUCGACCGCUGGAUCGUGGACAAGAUCCAGGCCAAGUUCCGUCCCUAAGCGCCGGAAUUGUCAUUCCUGCAGUCGCCCAACUGCCGCCACAGUGUUUCGUCAUCAAUUGCUUCCGGCCUUCGUCGUGAUGCACCUCCUCCGAAUGUGAGAGUUGGUGUUCUCAGUUUAGUUUCUCAUACCGUCCGGUAGAGGUGAUUCUCAGGCAGUUUAUCGGGUACUAUCGUUUUCGCUCAGGAAUUCAUGCCGUGGUGUUGUUGCAAUUCAUCAGAUUUCACGGUGUAUCGUCGCCUCAGUUCGGGGUUCAGACGCACUCACUUGGUGUUGAAGCAAUGAUGUUUUGCGUCUAAAUGUGGUGGGGAGUUUGCGUCACCAAUGCAUCCUGUAGGGGUUGUAGUGGAGAGCCUGUCGAGAAGGUAGACCAGACCAUGUCAGUGAACGACUAUAGCUGCUGGAUCGUGUUGGUGGUUUGGUAUGACCCAUGUUUAUGAUCUUAUUGGACUUGCUUUAUAGUGUCAUUGGUAAUUGUAGGCGUGAUGCUGUGCAGGUUUUGGGCUUGAUGUCCGAUUCAAGUGGUCUGUGUGCAAGUUUAAUGUGCGUUCUCGACAGUGGGUAUCAACAUUGAUUAGCAUUGAUGCGAGGCCAAAUACUACGAGUUGUAGUUGUUUGUAAAUAAAUAUAUAAAUUAUAUAUAUUUUUAUUUUGUA